AGGGGUAGUCGCAAGCGGCCCUUUCCCCCCGACCUCAACGCAGUUUCGAUCCGCGGCGCCCGGCCGCGGAGAUCGAAGUGAGAUCCAUGUGGAAGCUGGCGCUUGCGCUGGUGGCGGCGGAGGCCGCCUCUGUCAGCCCCAUGGAGAAGGUGGUUACGAUGCUGUCAGAUCUGAAGGAGGAAGUGUCCAAGGAGGGCGCUUCAGAGGAGGCGAACUUCAAGAAGUACAGCGACUUCUGCGGCACCACCAGCUCCGCCAAGGAGGCAGCCAUCAAGCUCGGGGAGGACAAGGCGGCGGAGCAUACGGCCAGCAUCACGCAGAAGUCCAGCGCCUAUGAGGAGACCUUGGCGGAGAUCAAGGAGCGCAAGGCCACCGUGGAGAAGCUGGCGGCGGAGCAGCAGGCCAGCGCAGAUCAGUGCAGCAAGGACAAGGCCUCCUUCGAGUCUGCGGAGGCGGAUUUGGCCUCCGCGGUGGUGGGCCUGGAGUCUGCCGUAGCCAAGGUGGGCGCCACCCAGGGGGUCUCGUUGCUGCAGAGUGCCCCUGGCCUGCAGCGCAUCCUGGCGCUGGGGGCGGCCAUGGGCUUCGUGUCGCAGGAGAAGACUUCGGGCUUGGCCCUUCUUCAGGAGCCCUGGCUGGAAGAGAAGGGCGCCGAGUACAACAAGAAGGACUAUGCUUUUCAGUCCGCUGGGGUGCUGGACACGCUGCAGGGCCUCUUGAAGCAGUUCCGCGAGGAGCGGUCCAAGGGCCAGGAGGAGUGGAAGAAGACGAAGGAGGCCUGCGCCAACUUCGCGGCCGCGCGCGCCGCGGAUUUGGAGCAGACCGCCGCGGCCAUCUCCUCAGCAGAGACCAAUGCGGCGGCGCUGAAGGGCGAGACCGCGGACAAGAAGCAGCUGCUUCUGGAGACGAAGAGCACCUUGAAGGACGACAAGGGCUACUUGUCCGAGCUGACCACCGCGUGCGAGGCGCGGAAGAAGGACUUCGAGCAGCGCUCCAAGAUGCGAGCGGGCGAGCAGGAGGCUUUGGGUGCCGCCAUCACCGCCCUCAAGGAGAAGGCGCAGAGCCCUGUCUCCUUCUUGCAGCUGGGCCAGCGCUCUACUGCCCGCGUCCGCGAAGUGGCCAGUGCUGCGCGCCAGACGGCAGCGGCCAGCCAGGCCGCCGAUCUCUCGGCGCCGCUGCGGCGCGCGGCGGCGGCCUUGCUGGCCGAGAAGGCGGAGCGUUUAGGCAGCCGCCGCCUGCAGGGUCUGGCGCAGCGCAUGGAGCGAGCAGAUGUGGACACAAACCCAUUUCAGGUUGUGAAGGACAUGGUGCAAGGCAUGGUGAACCAGCUGCUCGCUGAGGCGGCCAGCCAGGUGACUCAGAAGAGCUUCUGCGACGCCGCGCUGGGCAAGGCCACCAAGGAGAGGGACCGCCGCCUGCGGGAGGCGAAGAAGCUGAGCGCCAAGCUGGGGAGCCUGGACACUAAGCGCGAGGAGCUCCUCGAGGAGACAGCGCUGUUGACCGAUGAGGUGGCGAAGCUGGAGAAGGACCUGGCUGCGGCCACGGAGCUCCGCGCCGCGGAGAGCCAGGAGAACCUCAAGGCCAUCAAGGAGGCGAAGCAGGGCUUGGACGCCACCAAGGAGGCCAUCGUGGCCUUGCAGGACUUUUACAAAGGUGCGGCCCGGAAAGCGGCGAACCACGACAAGGCUAUGUCCUUCUUCCAGAAGUCUGCGCUCAACGAGCCAGCGCCCGGGUUCGAGGGCAGCUACGGGGGCAAGCAGACCGCGGCUGAGGGGGUGAUCUCCAUGAUGGAGGUGGUGCGGGACGACUUCGAGAAGGCGGGCGCCAGCACCAAGUCCUCGGAGGACAGCGCGGCGGAGGAGUUUACCAAGCUCAAGCAGCAGUCCAAGACCGACAUCGCCGGGAAGGGCACCCAGAAGAAGCUGAAUGAGGAGGAGCUGGCGAGCGCGGAGAACGAGCUCAAGGCCGGCAAGGCCCAGCUGCAGGCGACCAUGGACUUAUUGGACGGCGCCUUGCGGACCCUGGAGGACCUGAAGCCUCAGUGCGUGGACAAUGCCAUGAGCUACGAGGAGCGCAAGGCCAAGAGGGAAGAGGAGUUGGAGACGCUGAAGACGGCGAUGUGCACCUUGGACAAGGAGGGCAAGGAGCCCAUGUGCCAGAAGUGAGCGCUGCUCUCAUCGUGAGCGCAUCGUGCGCGCAUCA